AUGGACAGCACUAAUCUCUCUGUGUUGCUCUUGAAUGCUUUCCUCUUAAGCCUGUCUUGUGCUGAGGAUGAGAUAGCACCUCUAUCCUGCCCAGAGUACCAAGAGGGCUUUGAUGGCUCCUGUUAUGAGUUUGUGGGUCUACCUCGUUCGCGUUCCUUCCUCAGUGCACAGGGUUGGUGUGAGCGAGGUGGUGGACACCUGGCCUUCAUUUUAAAUGACGAAACCCAGCAGUUCCUACAGAAGCACCUGCAGCCGGAGCAGGACUGGUGGCUGGGUCUGGCACCUGCCUCCCCAAACCUAACACUGGACUCUGCUGCUGCUGAGGGUCCUCUCUCCUGGCUUGAUGGCUCUGAUGUCAGCUACUCUAACUGGGUGAACGACCCUGAUCCAGGGGCUGGCUGUGGUCACAUACUGAGGAGCUCAGGGUUUCAAUGGGAGGCAACAAGCAACUGUAGCCAGGAGCUGCACUUCAUCUGCCAAUUUGAAUCUGGGCGCUCCAUUGCUUGUGCUGACCACAAUGCAACACUACAGUGUGGUUCUGGUCAGGUGAUAGAGAUUGAUGACAGCUUCUAUGGUCGUAAGACGGUUCACUACUGCCGGACGAGUCCCGCUUCUUCAGCCACCUCCACACAGGAGGAGUGUACCUGGAUAGAUGUUGUAGAUUCAGUGACAGGAGACUGCCAUGGGCUGCAGGCAUGCCAGGCCACGGCAGAUGUGGCCUCUUUUGGUGAACCAUGCCCAGGGCUUGGAAGCUACCUGUCUGUGGAAUACAGCUGCAAAGAUGGUCUCCACUUAUUAAUGAGCAAGUUGGCUGCCGUCUUUGACAAUGUCUCCAUAACAGUGAAGUGGCUUCUCCAUCCCUUCCAGGGCAACCUGACCUGCACUCUAAGUGCUGGAGAUGGGCACAACAUCGAUCCUUAUAGUCCAGAAGAGUUGGAGAGCAGUGUGGUUCAUAAAUACACUCGUCCGGGUGUCUUCAUAGUUGGGGUGGAGUGUACCACCAGUGAGUGGCAUGUGACAGCUCAGAAAGCCAUCACCAUUCAGGAGCCUAUCGGGGAGUUUGGUGUCAUUAAGUGCUAUAGCGUGAACCAAUCAACAGAUGGAGAAAACUGCAAGGCCCUGUAUGGCAGUCCCCUUCAAAUCCAGGUUGAAGUAGAAGCUGGUACGAAUGUGACCUACAAAAUCCACUGUGGUGAGAUGUUGGUGGCCAAUUCAUCAGCAGUCAGAGGAAUCGUCCCCCACAACAUCACAGUGGGACCAGAGGUGGAGCAAGAGCUGGGAUCUGGCUGCCACCAGCUGACCCUGCAUGCCUCUAACGGGGUCUCGGUCUUGGGCGUGUCCACUGAGCUGCAGGUGUGUCUGCUGGAGGCUGUGGAGGGCCUGCUGGGAUCAGUGAUGGCUGAGGAGGGAGAGUGUCCAGACUCAGACCUCUACGUUAGUGUCUCCCUGGACCGGGGGGCCCCGGUGCAGCUUCUCUUCCAAGUGUCUGGAGCCAACGACAGCAUCUCCGAGACCAGAGACAUGCAAAACAGAAGCAUGCAGGUUUACAAUAUCUCAACCACUAUCCAAGGAGCUUUGCAAGUGAAAGUCAGGGCCUGGAAUGUCUUUUCACACAUGGACGUGGAUGUGGGGAACACAGCAGCAGUUUGUCACAAUAAUUCAGACUUUCAGACAGAAGAGCAUAAAAGGCUUCCCCGGGAUAAUGUGAAAAUCACUUCCGAUCCAGAAAGUCCAUCUGACUUCACUCAAAGUGUCACACUUGGGUUAACUGGCUUGAGUGGAGUACCCGGAAUCAGUGAACCUGGGAUACAACUUGAAUGGGAAUGCAAGGAACAAUGUAAAUGCAGAGACAAAACAAACCAGGAGACUCAUGUGAUUGCAGCAGUCUGCCUUCCAGACCCAUUUCUUUUUUAUAUAUACAGUUUUACUGUGCAGAAGAAAAAUGGGGCCGGGGCUCAAGUGGCUAAAGCAGAGAAAUGCAUCACUGUUACUCCGCCAGAAUUCACCGAUGUUACCAUAAGUUGUUCUAACUGUAACCCAGUGAACAUAAACAACGAUGUAACCCUCAAAUUGGAGUGUACCACCGCAAGGAGUUGCCCAACAGUAGUUUGGCAUGUUGAGGACACGAGACCUUUGACAGGAGACCUCAAACACUGCUACAAAAAAGCAAAGCAAAGACCACUGCUACACAGAAUAGAUGGUGGCACUGAAUACAUGGUGACAAGUGACAAUCUGAAAAAUGCACAGUCCAGAUCUCUGAAUCUCAAUGUGAUAGCGUAUGGUAAGACGACAUCUGGCGUUGUCAAGUACACCAUUCAGAUACCAGGUGUUGCAACACCUGCACCUGUUGCCACUAACAUACUGCCUGCUACUACCUUACCGGCUGCUACCACCAUCCUACCGGCUGUUACUACUCGUCCAGCUGCUACUACCAUACCAGUUGCUACCAUCCCACUGGUAGCCACUACCCUACUGGCUGCUACCACCAUAGCGGCAACUACUACUGUAUCUGUAACUGUGCCUGAAAUAACAGCCCCAACUACCAUCACCAACCUCCAUUCCUGCAUAAUUUCCCCUCAGUCAGGCACAGUUCUAGAUGCUUUCAAUAUCACCUGUGCAACAACCUCCUGCUCCACAGGCAAAUGCCAAUAUUGUUUCAAAACUGACAAAGAUAAACAUUUGCGCUGCAGUUAUGGAAAUGAAGUAAAGUCAAUCUUCCUACCUCUCGGGAACAAAAGUUACAACUACAGUCUGUCUGUGGUGGUUACUCUAACAAAUGGGGACAGAAAAACCACUGCCACAAUCACCACUGAGGUGUGGCCAGCCAACUCCAGUUCCUCAGUGGAGAAUCUGCAGUCUGUGGUUGACAACACUGUUGCUCAGCUACAGCAGCAGGGGUUGCUCACUGGGGAGACCCUAGGACAGAUGUUCAAGUCUGUGUCCGACAUUCUGAACAAGGGCUCCAGUGAGGAUCAGAAAGGUGCCAGGGAGGAGCUGCGAGAACAGAUGCUGAGCACCAUGACUGCAGUGCUGAAGAAUGUCCCCAACAACACUCCUCAGGAAGUGCAGCUGACGGCCAGAGCAGUGGCAGGGAUCACCAAGAGGAGGGAAGAGGUCAAUUCUGCUGCUCAGCUAGAAGCUAGCUCCCUGGUGGCAGACCUCAGCUCUUCCCUCCUCUAUAUGAAUGUCCGUGAGCAUGGUGGAGAAGAGAUGGUGCAGGCAGCUACACCAAUUGUAGAGGCAGCCAGCAAUAUCCUGGGAGUCUCUUCAAAUGCAAGCACACAGAGAAAGGUCUCAAAGAUUCUCCUGAACAGUAUGGACAAUGUGCAGAGUGCACUGUUAAAUGGCAAAAAGGUUGGUCAGGAGCCUGCCAUUAUCAAGAGCCCUGAGAUCAGUGUGUAUGCUAACAGGAUAUCUCCAAAUAGCAUUCAGAUGCAGUCUAUAAACAUCCCAGAUAGCUCCUCUGCAAGCUUUUCCUUCCCUCACCUGGGUGCUGAUGUCCUUUCUCCAGAGGAACCAGUGGAUGUGCGAAUGCUGAGUUUUGAGAAGAACCCUUAUUCUUGGAGUGAGGGGGGUAACAUCAGUGGUGCCAUGGGGUCUGUGACACUCACCAGACAGGAUGGAUCAGCCAUCCCUGUGGAGAACCUGUCUGAGGAAAUUGAGAUCCUCUUGCCGAGACUUGAAGGCGGGCAGGUAAACAGCACAAUCCUUGACCUGGGAAACUACAGCACACUGAUGAUUGACGUCCCUUCACCAGACAUAACACUGGUGCUAAAGAUGGAGCCCUCAGAGGACAUACCAUUUGUACUGUUGCUGGGGUAUAAAGACUACCCAAAGGACAAGCAAUAUCUAGCCAAGACACAGAUGCCUCACCAAGGCAAUUCACAAGAGAGAUACACCUGGGUCCUGGGUCCCAAUGAUUUGACAGGAAAAGUUGGGGUGCAUUACCUUGUGGUGAGGCCCAUUGUAGAAGCAGGGGUUAAAUCCGUCAAUGCCACUGUGACUGUCACCUCCAUUGCUGCCCAGUGCAAGUAUUGGAAUGAAACCUUAUCCACCUGGAGUGAAGAUGGCUGCAGGGUUGGUCCUUUAACCACGUCAUUGGUCACUCAGUGCUUAUGUAACCACUUGACCUUCUUCGGGAGCUCUUUCUUCGUCAUGCCCAACCUUGUGGAUGUGUCCCGUACCGCUGAGCUCUUUGCCACCUUCUCAGACAACCCUGUGGUGGUGUGCUUUGUUGGUGCCAUCUUCAUUGCUUAUCUCUUGGUGGUCGUGUGGGCACGCAGGAAGGACAUCCAGGACAUAGCCAAGGUGAAGGUGACAUUGUUGGAAGAUAAUGACCCCUUGGCUGAAUACCGUUACAUGCUGAAUAUCAGCACUGGGCAUCGGCGUGGUGCUUCCACCUCCUCUCAGGUUACUGUGACUCUGCUGGGCAUGGAGGGAGAGAGUGAGCCACACCACCUCACUGACCCUGACAAGCCUGUUUUUGAGAGGGGUGCAGUGGAUACAUUCCUGUUGACCACACCCUUCUCUCUGGGGGAGCUGCAGAGCAUCAGGCUGUGGCACGACAACUCAGGGGGGCACCCUGCCUGGUAUAUAAACAAAGUGACGGUGCAGGAUCUAGAAACUGGACAGAAGUGGCACUUCCUGUGUCACUCAUGGCUGGCCAUAGAUAUGGGCCAGUGCAUCCUUGAUAAGGUAUUCCCUGUUGCCUCUGACACGGAUUUGAAGAAAUUCAGUAAUCUGUUCUUCAUGAAAACGGCAAAGGAUUUCCGUGAUGGCCACAUCUGGUUUUCUGUGAUCAGCCGGCCUCCAACGAGCACCUUCACAUGUGUCCAGCGAGUCUCCUGCUGUUUCUCUCUGCUGCUCUGCACCAUGCUGACCAGCAUCAUGUUCUGGGGCAUCCCUACCGACCCCUCUGAGCAGACCAUGGACCUGGGUCAUAUCGAGUUCACCUGGCAGCAGGUGAUGAUUGGAGUUCAGAGUUCAAUCAUAAUGUUUCCAAUUAAUCUCCUCAUUGUGAGUAUCUUCAGAAACACCCGCCCCCGAGAGACGAAGCCUGGAAAGCCCAAGGCAGAGGUGUCCAAGCAGGGGAAGACUGGCAGAGUGACUCCCUCACAGCCCCCCUCCCCACAGAGGGAGAGAGAACUCACACCAGACACUGUCAUCAAGGACAUAAAGAAGAUUGCUCAGUCACUCUCCAAGGCUAUGAAGAGCCCCAUUCCACGCCUGGAGUUAGAGAUGAAGCCUGGACAACAAACUGAUAUCAACACCCUGCUCUCUCUGGUGGAGGACAUCAUCCGGCAGCAGAACCGAGCCGGUGGAGAGUUCUACACUGAUGCUUCCAAGAAAGAGGGAUCGCUCAUUCUCUCACUAGGGGUAGCCAAUCUGCAAGAGAGCAGCCUGUGUGGGAGCCCUGAGAAGACUGGGGAUGGGAGACAGAAAAGGAGCACAAACAGCCAGUAUCUGUACAGGCAGCUACGCCAUGUAGAGAAGGAGCUGAGCCUACUGGGACCUUCUCGCUUUCCCAACCCAGACAGCUACUGCCGGGCAGUGCAGCAGGUCCAAGGCAUGAGGGGGCUGCUAGAGUCCCACCUCUCCUCUUCCAGCCUGGGAGGGGACCAGCUGUCUCAAAGCCCCAGCCCAGCAGAGAGCAAUGAGGGAGACAGCAGCAGUAAGAAGCAGGGCGGGCUGCCCUGGUGGUUUGUGUUUAUUGGCUGGAUUCUGGUGUUAGCCACCAGCGGAGUAUCAGGAUACUUCACCAUGAUGUAUGGGCUGACCUAUGGGAAGGACCGCUCUAUAAGCUGGCUCAUCUCCAUGGUCGUGUCUUUCUUUGAGAGCCUCUUUAUCACUCAGCCGCUGAAGGUGCUAGGUUUUGCAGCCUUCUUUGCUCUUGUUCUGAAGAAAGUUGAUCAGGAGGAGUAUGGGGAUGCAAAGUUUGAGGGGGAGCUCCGAAACCCAGAUGACCCUGAUGCGGUGCGGGCUGUCCGGAGGGAUAGCACAUGCAGCUUCUACCAGCCCCCUCCUCCAACAGACAUCGAGAGGAUGAGGAGCAACAAGAUCAAGGAGCAGAAGGUCUUUGCCCUCAUCAAAGAGAUUCUCACCUACAUGGGGUUCAUGUGGAUGUUACUCCUGGUGGCGUAUGGCCAGCGGGACCCUAAUGCUUACUUCCUGACUCAGCACAUUCGGCAGAGUUUCAGCCAAGGGAUCUCAGACAGCAUGAGUCACAAAGAUGUGUUCACCUGGGCAAAUAACUCUCUUCUCAGCAACCUCUUUGGAGAGUACCCAGGUUUCAUCACAGAUGGGAACUCCAAACUGGUUGGUAAUGCCCGUCUUCGCCAAGUGAGGGUGCAGAAGAACUCCUGCCGCAUCGCCCGCUCCAUGCGCCAGGCUGUACCUGACUGCCAUGCUCCAUACUCAUGGGAGGUGGAGGACAUGGGCUCCUAUGGGCCAGGCUGGGACCGCUCUGUGAGCGAAAACACCUCAAAGACCCUCCGCAGUCCCUGGCAGUACCAAACCCAGGCCAGACUCAGAGCCCAACCCAUCUGGGGCAGUGUGGUCCUCUACAGGGGAGGGGGGUUUGUGGUGGACCUGGGCCCGGAGUUGCAGAAUGCUAGCAGUACCCUUCAGUAUCUGUUUGACAACACCUGGCUUGAUAUGUUCACCCGAGCAGUUUUUGUAGAGUUCACAGUGUACAAUGCCAAUGUCAACCUCUUCUGCACUGUCACACUCAUGCUGGAGACCACAGCUGUAGGAGCGUUCCAGUUUCGCAGUGAGCUGCAGAGUGUCCGACUAUACCAGUCCACCGGUGGACUCCAUAUCUUUGUCAUGGCCUCUGAGGUCAUCUAUUUCCUCUUUAUCCUCUACUAUAUGUAUGUUCAGGGAAAGCUGAUGAAGCAGCAGAAGUGGGCUUACUUCAAGACAAAGUGGAACCUGCUGGAGCUCGCCAUCAUCCUCCUGAGCUGGAGCGCGCUGUCUGUCUUCAUUAAGAGGACCCUGUUAGGGAACCGGGAUAUGGAGUACUACCACAAGCAUAAAGACCAGUUUGCCAGUUUCCAUGAGACAGCCACAGCAGAUGCAGUGCUGGGGUAUCUGAUCGCAUUCCUGGUGCUACUGGCUACAGUCAAACUGUGGCAUCUGCUGAGGCUCAACCCCAAGCUACACAUGAUCACAGCCACAUUGCAACGGGCCUGGACUGACAUAUCAGGCUUCCUCGUGGUCAUUACCAUUAUGUUCCUGGCCUAUUCUAUCGCUUCUUAUCUAAUGUAUGGCUGGAAGCUGUAUUCAUAUAGGACUCUCCUGGAUGCUGCUCUGACCAUGGUCAGCUUGCAACUGGGCAUCUUCAACUAUGACGAGGUUCUUGAUUACAACCCGGUGCUUGGUGCGUUCCUCAUCGGCUCCUGCAUUAUAUUCAUGACCUUUGUGGUUCUGAACCUGUUCAUCUCCGUCAUCCUGGUGGCGUUCACUCAAGAGCAAAUACAUCACAAGCCCUCAGAGGAGGAGGAGAUAGUGGAUCUGAUGCUGAUGAAGCUCUGCAGCUUGUUUGGAAUCAAAAUGAAGAAGGAGGAGAAAGAAGAUGGUGUACCCAAGGCGGAUGGCAUGACUGCCUCGGCAACUAACAAAGGAUUCUCCACUAUAUCCUCAUAG